UCAUCAUCCUGCGUGUGCAUACACCCACACACCUGUCUCCUCGUCGCGCGCAGCUGUGAUCUUUUUCUUUCGCCAGGGGGUAAUUCCGAGUGCGCCAGGUGAAGCUCGUUCCGAGUCUCCUUCGAGAUAUCAGUGCCCAGUGAAACUGCAGCAGCCUCGUACAUCGCAGUGCGCGUACCUCUUAAUCGGUAUUAACGGCGCGUUGCCAAUAUUCGGCGAGAGAAAUCGGAUAUAAAUCGAGCACCCGCAUGCGAUAGGCUCGCCAUACGGGUACGAGUGCGCGCGCGGGCCUGAGAGUCGAGGGAGGAAAAUUUCGAAAGAAAAAUUCAAGUCAAAAGUCGCGGCCAGUUUGGGCGACGUCGCAGGCGACGUCGGCAACGUGCUGUGCUGUGGUCGCGCAAGCAGCAUCGGCAAGACAGCCCGCAGGAGGAGGAGCAGUCGCAGGCCGCGGCGUACGAGGUAGCGGCGGCUAGCGGCGGAGGCAGCGGCGUCAUCGGGCCCGGAUGCGCCCAACCGGGAGGCCCCCAGCCUCAGGACAGGUUGGAGGGCAAAAUCGUCACGGCCUUCAACAAGUUCAUCACCACAUCGCCCCUGGUUAACAAGGUCAAGCUGCUCAUGACCCGUCAGAGCAGCACAACAUCGAACGAGGACGAAGCCGAGCAGCAGCAACAGGCGCUCGGCGCCGGCCAAAGCCGUCGCAGCACUUCGGUAGCGUCGCCCUCGGACAUCGUCGGCUCGCUCAAGUCCGUCAUCAGCGAUCACUUGAACGUUCGCAGAUUCUCCACUAGAGAUGCCACGGCGAGCACGAGCACGAGUACGAGCGUCGAUAACGUCAGGGGACUCGAGCCAGACGAGGCAAAGGUCGAACAGCAGCCAAUCGUAGGCGGCUACAAAGUUCAAGCCGAGUCUCAGCUACCGAAAAUCGCCGGCAAGAGCAGCAGUAGCAAACUGCCAGUGGCUUCUACGACGACUACCAACUACGAACUGCCUAAGGGGAAGGAUUACGUGCCGCCACGGCCUAGAUACUCCGAGUACGAGUUCCCGAGCCCUGAAAAGACUGCCGAGGUUGCUGGCCUGUCGAGCCGAGUUCAAGAACAAUAUCGCCGACACUCGCACACACCACGUUCGGCCGAGCAGGCAUGCUGUUCCCGCGUCGAGGCGGCCGCGGCGGCCAACAGGUCCAGCUACGAGGAGAUCAGAAGUGCCGCCGCCGCUGCCGCUGCCGUCCCAAAAGUCAAAGCGAGCCACCUGCCGCACAUGCCGGAUCAGCUGAUGACCAACCUCGCCCUCAAGAAGCCAAACAUCCCCAAGGCCCAAAUGAAAGAGCUCCGAGAGGCCUUCCGGCUUUUUGACAAAGACGGAGACGGAAGCAUCACAAAGGAGGAGCUUGGCCGGGUCAUGCGUUCUCUUGGACAAUUCGCCAGGGCCGAAGAACUUCGCACUAUGCUUGAGGAGAUCGACAUAGACGGCGACGGUAAUGUCAGCUUUGAAGAGUUCGUCGAAAUAGCCAGCAAUAUCGGCGGCAGCGCCAGUUCGUCCUCGCCAACGAGUCAAGAUCAAGAGGAACAAGAACUUCGCGAUGCUUUUAGGGUGUUCGACAAACGCAAUCGAGGCUACAUCACGGCAUCGGAUCUGCGCGCAGUGCUCCAGUGCUUGGGCGAAGAUCUGUCCGAGGAAGAGAUCGAAGACAUGAUCAAGGAAGUGGACGUGGACGGCGACGGACGAAUCGAUUUCUAUGAAUUUGUUCGAGCGCUCGGUGAGCCGGGCAUCGAAGACGACGACGACGAAGACGAGGAAGAAGAGGAAUACGAAGACUUCGAAUCUGAAGGCGAUCCAAGAUCACCCAGGAGUGAUACGUAAGAAAAAAGAAUUAAUGUUGUGGACAAAUGCUCGCUUUUCUCUUGAAUUAGGCAAUAUAAUCGGUUGGACAUCGAAACAAAAAAAACAUGUUUAUAUUCCAUGCGAGUAAAAAAAAGAUUUCGUUCGUCAAUUCAUGCAUUUUCCUCUUAAAAAUAUUCCAUACUAUACAAAUGGUAAAUUAUUGUACUGGGACUGUUUUUAAUUGUUGGUUGUGAGCGAUUCUCAUUCUAAAACAAAAUUAUACCUCGAAAUUUUUGGUUUUUCGAUAAAUACACGAGCUUUUUUUCAUUCAAAACUUGAUUCUCUGAUCAAGUAAAUAAUUGCUACGCUGCGCAAAAUGACUUCCUCUGUGAGAAAGUUUGAUGCUCUAAUUAUUACUUAAUAUAUCGUAAAUUACUAAAUAAAUACGUUACAAAAUAUCACUGUUGAUCUGUCUUAUACUGUAAGGCUUUAAUCGUAAUGCAUAAAUACAAAUCGAUUUCUAUAAUAUAAUACGAGUUCUCAUUUAAUAAAACUUACUAUAUCAAUCAAAUGUAAACGAAUUUUAAAUUUUCAAAAGACUUUUAACUAUAAAUUACGGCAUAAUUUAUACGUCGUCUGAUAUUUAAAUUUAACUUAGAAACUCUAGUCUUUUUCAAUGACGUAAUGAAUUUUAUCUUCGGAUAUAUUUAAAAAUUCAAUUUUUAACUAAUAUAUAUUAUUAAUUAAAGUAUAGCUAUUUAAAUAAAAUUCGAAAAGCACUUUUUUUAUCCUACAAUCCGUACUUUGACAUUCUACUUAAAAAAUCGUAUACAUAUCAAGUUGCAUAAUAUGUCAAACGAUUGAGCAUACAGAGUUACAAAGAAAAUUGAGCUGCUUCUACUUGGGCAUCAUUUAAUCAAUUAUCGAACGACUGAACCUCGUUGAUUACUUCUUUAUGAAAAAUGUUUACUAUGAUUCUCGUAAACAUAAUUAAAUUAAGGAGUCUGUUAUUUAUUAAGUGUAAAAUGAUGAUAGAUAAACACAUCAAUCAAUGUGGAUAUGUCACAAAAAUGUGGUAUUGGUUGUUAUUGUUAAUUAAUAGUUUACAAGUUUCAAGGUAAACAUAUAAGUUCUAUUGUUCAAAGUCUGAUAAAUUCUAAGUGAUUCGUAUUCGAUAAGUAUUAUUCAUUUGUACUUAUUCAAAUAAUAUAAUUAUACGCGAAUGGAAAAAAUAAUCAUAUUACCUAAAGUUCACUCUAGUUUGCAGUAAGAAUUGGAUAGCUCUUUCAUGUUUUUAUUCAAAGUUAAAAUCAUAAUACAAAUUUCUUCUACUCAAUUUGCAUUGCAAUCAACUCAUUGUCCAGGUUUAAUCAUGCUUUCAAGAUAUUUUUUUAAAUCAAAAACUGGGCUAUGCAUAUCAAGUUCUUGUUGCAGUCCCGAACGAAUUCUUGGUAAUAGGCUCCUAUUUUGCAGUCUAAGAUGAAUUGAAUCAUGUCAUGCCGAUACAUUAUCGAUAAAAAAAUAGUAUUUCUCUUCGUGUAAUUCUAAUCAAAACUUAAUAAAUUAUCAU